AUGAAAACGUUAUCAAAAGAACAACUGGAGGCAUACCGUAGCGCGACGCGGUGUCAUAUCUGCGAUAAGCCGUUUGCACCAGACGAUACGCGGGUGCGCGAUCAUUGUCACCUGACCGGUCGUUACCGCGGUCCAGCACAUUCUCUUUGUUCCAAAUUUUUACACUUGUCUGACGAAAAUUUCGAUUUAUUGACACAAAAAGGUGUAUUUCCGUACGAGUACGUGGAUUGCGUGGACAAGCUGCAGGACAUAUGUUUACCGCCGCGCGAAUUAUUUUUCAGUUCCCUGACCGCUGAUAUUUUUGAAAAUUUCCGCGAUAAAUGCUUAGAAAGUUAUGGCCUCGAUCCCGCACAUUAUUACACUCUCCCCGGAUACACGUGGGAUGCUAUGUUAAAAUACACCAACAUCACUUUCGAACUGCUUACUGACAUUGACAUGGUAAUGUUCAUCGAACGCGGUAUACGCGGUGGCCUCAGUCAAUGUUCAGGCAGACAUGCGCGAGCCAAUAACAAGUACAUGCAGACGUACGACCCAUUGAAACCAUCCUCAUAUCUUAUGUACUUUGACGUCAAUAAUUUGUACGGAUGGGCAAUGUGUCAACCGUUGCCCUAUGGAGAAUUUCAAUGGGUCAAAGAUGUCUCAAAUUUUGACGUGUGUGCGAUCGCUCCUGAUUCACCAACGGGAUACAUUUUCGAAGUUGAUCUCGAGUAUCCCCGAGACCUUCACGAUGAGUACACUGACCUACCUUUCUGCCCGAAACGCGAUAAACCGCCAGGCAAGCGUGAAUAUAAACUUUUAGCGACCUUGUAUGAUAAGAAACGUUAUGUCAUCCACUACCGCAACCUGCAGCAGUGCACGCGUCACGGUCUUCAUAUCGCGAAGAUACACCGUGUGUUAAAAUUCGCACAAUCUCCAUGGCUCUGUAAGUACAUAGAGUUAAACACACAAUUCCGAACCAUCGCUAAAAAUGAUUUCGAAAAAAAUUUGUAUAAAUUAAUGAAUAAAGCGGUGUUUGGUAAAACCAUGGAGAAUGUGCGCAAUCAUGUUGACGUUAAAUUGUUGACGACAUGGGCGGGGCGGUAUGGUGUGGAGACAAUGAUCACGAAACCAAAUUUUCAUAGUCGAAGUAUUUUUGCGGAAAAUUUAAUCGCCGUUGAACUUAAAAAACUCGAGGUAAAAUUAUAUAAGCCGAUUUACGUAGGUAUGUGUAUCCUAGAUAUUUCUAAGACGUGUCUAUAUGAAUUUCACCACAAUUACAUGCUACCUUUAUAUCGUGACAAAUGUAGAGUCAUGUACACCGACACUGACAGUCUCAUAUACCUCGUCGAGUGUGAGGAUAUUUACGAGACGAUGAAACGCGAUAUCGCUGGAGCAAAGAUGUAUGCGUUGAAGGUGGAUGGAAAGAAGGAUACGAAAAAGGCGAAAGGUGUCAAGAAUAGUGUAGUAGCGCGAACCAUAACGUUUGAUGAUUACACCCAGUGUUUGAGAGAUGAGAUUGAGAAGACGCGCCGCCAAUCAUGCAUAAGAUCCAAGAUGCAUGAAGUAUAUACGGUGUCCGAAACGAAAAUUGCUUUGAGUCCGUACGACGAUAAGAGAUACCUUAUACCCGAUUCAGUUGAAACGUUACCGUGGGGGCAUUAUCGAAUACCGCUAUAA